AUGGAAAACUAUAUCAGAAGUGGUGGAAAUCUACACGAGAGCCAAAUGUCUGAUAUACCACCACAUUUUCUCCCGGCUGUAGAAAUCGAUACAGAAUUUCCACCAGCGCUACCUACCUUUGACAGGCUCGCUGACCCUCAAGAAUCUCUUCCAACCAUCAACGAACCAAGUGCUACUCUCCAGCGAAAUUCACCGUUAGAUUCCGCAUCCAAUGAUCAGUUGCUAGACACACCACCACCAUCUAACUUAAUACAAACGGCACAAGAAUUUCCUAUCCUAUCUUCAGACUAUGGGGAUAUCUUUGAAUAUGAAGACCUAUUUGAUGCUUCGCCUCCCCCUUCUGAGUUUUUCUCCCGUGGGCUACCCGUAACACUUGAUGACACGGAAUUACCGUCAAUACAAAGUUUACAAGAGACCAGCAAACGUCCAGCCGACUCUUCUAAUAAGACAAGGCCUACAAAACUUGUGCGAACUACCAGCCCAAAAAAAGUAAAAUCACUCUCUGAGUCUUUGGAUCAAGAUGAGAUAGAUACAGUGGACCUGCGAAAUAUCGAAACCGAAUUACAAUGGGAAGAAAAGAAGAAAAGAGACGCCGCAGCGAUUAUGGCCAAAGAACAGAGUCAAGAAAAUAAGCCGAAACUUGUCAAACUAUCCGACUUUCAGUGUAUCAUUUGCAUGGACAGUCCUACGGAUCUGACGGUUACUCACUGUGGUCAUUUGUUCUGCUCAGAGUGCCUUCAUCAGGCCUUGUACGCUGGUGAAAAGAAGUGUUGUCCCGUUUGUCGAACAACAAUACACUUGCCUAAAACUGGCGCGCGGCAGGGAAAGAAUGGCAUAUUCGCAUUAGAAAUGAAGUUAAUGACAUCCAAAAAAAAAGGAAAGCAGUCAUUCUCGUCACAAUUGAACAGCGUGUAA